AUGACCGAAAUAUCGCCAAGCUACGCCGAAAAGCACAAUGUCGCCGACCACUUCAUCGGUGGCAACCGACUCGACAAUGCUCCUGCAUCCAAGGUCAAGGAGUUCGUCACCGAGCAUGACGGUCACACAGUCAUCACCAACGUGCUUAUUGCCAACAACGGUAUUGCCGCCGUCAAAGAGAUCCGCUCUGUCAGGAAAUGGGCAUACGAGACCUUCGGCGAUGAGAGGGCGAUCCAUUUCACCGUCAUGGCCACGCCUGAGGAUCUGCAAGCCAAUGCCGAUUAUAUCCGCAUGGCUGAUCAUUACGUAGAAGUCCCUGGCGGUACCAACAACCACAACUACGCCAAUGUCGAACUCAUUGUCGAUAUUGCCGAGCGCAUGGAUGUCCACGCUGUAUGGGCUGGAUGCUCCCCGAGUCGCUCGCGGCUUCCCCAAGAAGAUUGUCUUCAUCGGACCCCGGGCUCCGCGAUGCGAUCCCUUGGUGACAAAAUCUCCUCCACUAUCGUUGCCCAGCACGCAGAGGUUCCCUGUAUCCCCUGGUCCGGCACGGGCGUGAAUGAGGUAGUCAUCGACCAUGCCGGCAUCGUCACCGUUCCUGAUAACGUCUAUAUGCGCGGAUGCGUAACCUCCUGGGAGGAAGGUCUUCAGAAGGCGAAGGAGAUUGGAUUCCCCGUCAUGAUUAAGGCCUCGGAGGGUGGUGGUGGAAAAGGUAUCCGCAAGGCCUUGUCGGAAGACGGCUUUGAGGCCCUGUAUAAGGCGGCUGCGAGCGAAAUUCCCGGCUCACCCAUCUUCAUCAUGAAGCUUGCUGGCAACGCUAGGCACCUUGAGCGUCGGCACCAGAAGAUUAUUGAGGAGGCCCCCGUCACCAUUGCCAAACCCGAAACGUUCAAGGGCAUGGAGCAAGCCGCCGUACGUCUCGGAAAGCUGGUCGGUUACGUUUCCGCCGUCGAGCAUCCAACGACGGAAAUGGUCAGCGGCGUCAACCUGCCCGCGGCCCAGCUCCAGAUUGCCAUGGGUAUUCCCCUCCAUCGCAUUCGGGAUAUCCGACUCCUCUACGGGGUCGACCCUCGUACCUCCACCGAGAUCGAUUUCGACUUCAAGAACCCGGGCAGUGAGAAGACCCAGCGUCGACCACGGCCCAAGGGCCACACCACCGCGUGCCGUAUCACAUCCGAAGACCCCGGCGAAGGUUUCAAGCCAUCAAACGGUGUCAUGCAUGACCUCAACUUCCGCAGUAGCUCCAAUGUUUGGGGCUACUUCUCCGUCUCUCCUCAAAGCAAGAUUCACAGCUUCUCCGAUUCUCAGUUUGGUCACAUUUUCGCCUACGGCGAGAAUCGUCAGGCUUCGAGGAAGCACAUGGUUAUUGCCCUGAAGGAGUUGAGCAUCCGUGGUGAUUUCAGAACGACGGUAGAAUAUCUAAUCAAGCUUCUCGAGACUGAGGCUUUCGAAGAGAACACCAUCACUACUGGCUGGCUUGAUGAGCUCAUCUCUAAGAAGCUGACGGCGGAGAGGCCCGACCGCAUGCUGGCGAUUGUUUGCGGUGCCGUCACCAAGGCGCACAUCGCGAGCGAAGCCUGCAUGGCCGAGUACAAGGGCGGCCUCGAGAAGGGUCAGGUACCCUCCAAGGAUAUUCUGAAGACCGUUUUCGCCAUUGAUUUCAUCUACGAGGGCGAGAGGUACAAGUUCACGGUGACUCGGGCCAGCGUUGAUACCUAUCAUCUCUUCAUCAACGGCUCCAAGUGUGCGGUCGGUGUCCGCGCUCUUAGCGAUGGUGGCCUGCUCAUUCUUCUUGAUGGAAGGUCUCACAACGUCUACUGGAAGGAAGAAGUUGGCGCCACGCGUAUUUCCGUGGAUAGCAAGACUUGCUUGCUCGAGCAGGAGAACGACCCUACGCAGCUUCGUACCCCCAGCCCUGGUAAGCUUGUCAAGUAUACCGUCGCGAACGGCGAGCACAUCAAGGCGGGCCAAGCGUUCGCCGAGGUGGAGGUGAUGAAGAUGUACAUGCCUCUUAUUGCCCAGGAAGACGGUGUCGUUCAGCUCAUCAAGCAACCUGGCGCCACCCUCGAGGCGGGUGAUAUUCUCGGUAUCCUCGCCCUUGACGACCCUAGCCGGGUGAAGCAGGCCCAGCCCUUCGUCGAACGGCUCCCCGACUAUGGCGAGCCUGUCAAUGUUGGUCAAAAGCCCUCGCAGCGAUUUGCUUUGCUCUACGGCACGAUCGAGAACAUUCUUCUCGGUUAUGACAACUCCGCCAUCAUGGCCCAAACGCUGAAGCAGCUUACCGAGGUUUUGCGCGAUCCCGAGCUCCCCUACAGCGAGUGGAACGCCCAGUUCGCCGCUCUCCAUACCCGUAUGCCUGGUAGGCUCGCGACGCAGUUCACGCAAAUCGUGGAGCGGGCCAAGUCGCGACACGCCGAAUUCCCUUCCAAGUCGCUGGCUAGGACCUUCCAAAAGUUCGCCGACGAAAACGUGGCCGAGGGCGAUGUUGACUUGUUGAAGUCGAACCUGCAGCCACUCGUUGACGUUCUUGAGCUCUACGCUGAUGGACAGAAGGCGCGCGAACUCAACCUUAUCGAGAAGCUGCUUCAUACCUACUGGGACGUCGAGAGACACUUCAUCGGCCAGCGCCAGCAGGAAGACAGCGUCGUUCUCAAGUUGCGUGACCAGAACAAGGAAGAUAUUGCAAAGGUUGUCCAAAUCGUCCUUUCCCACAGCCGCGUGGGACCCAAGAGCGCCCUGGUCCUGGCUAUCCUUGAGGAAUAUCGCCCCAACAAGCCCAACGUGGGCAACGUUGGCAAGCAUUUCCAUAACAUUCUCCGCCAGUUGACUGAGCUGCAAUCUUCCCGCGCCACUUCCAAAGUCUCGCUCAAGGCUCGUGAGAUUAUGAUUCAGUGCUCCAUGCCUUCCCUGGAGGAGAGGACUGCUCAGAUGGAGCACAUCCUUCGCUCCUCUGUUGUCGAGUCGCGCUAUGGCGAGACUGGUUGGGACCACAGAGAGCCUAGCCUCGACGUUAUCAAGGAGGUUGUCGAUUCCAAGUACACCGUAUUCGACGUCCUUACCCUCUUUUUGGCCACGACGAUCCCUGGGUCUCGCUUGCUGCUUUGGAGCCCCCUCUUUGUGUCUUGGGACUUCUCGCUCCGAAAGAUGGGCCAGACCGAGUUUGGCCUACCUCUUCAGUCUGCUGCUCCGUCGUCCCCGGCGACGCCGAGUGGAGAGUUUAAGCGCGUUCACUCUAUCAGCGACAUGUCAUACAAGCUCGCCAACAAGUGGGACGAGGAGCUCAACAGGAAGGGUGUCAUCAUCCCUUGCGCCUACAUUGACGAUGCGGAGGAGCUUCUGCCCAAGGCUCUUGAGGCUCUGCCUGUCUUCACGAAGCGCAAGCAGCCCGGCCUCAUGGCUGAUCUCAGCGGCAAGAGGCGACCGGCCGCGUCUAAGCCGUCUCCUUCUGAGGAUGAGGAGCUAUCGGCGGUCAUUAAUGUUGCCAUUCGCGAUGCCGAAAGCGAAGAUGACGAGGAGACCCUGAAGCGAAUCCUCCCUAUAAUCGAGGACCUCAAGGAAGAACUCUUCGCCCGCCGCGUACGACGUGUCACCUUUAUCUGCGGCCAUAGCAAUGGCUCGUACCCGGGCCACUACACCUUCAGGGGCCCCGACUAUAUCGAAGACGACAGCAUUCGCCACAGCGAGCCUGCCUUGGCUUUCCAGCUGGAACUCGGACGUCUCGCCAAGUUCCACAUCAAGCCGGUCUUCACGCAGAACAAGAACAUCCACGUGUACGAAGGUGUCGGCAAGAGCGUGGAUACUGACAAGCGGUACUUUACCCGCGCGGUGAUUAGGCCUGGCCGUCUCCGGGAUGAGAUCCCCACGGCUGAGUAUCUGAUCAACGAGGCAGAUGGCGUUAUCAACGACAUCUUCGAUGCCCUAGAGAUCAUUGGCAACAACAACUCUGAUCUCAACCACAUCUUUAUGAACUUCACCCCCAUCUUCCAGCUCCACCCCCGUGACGUCGAGCACAGCUUGCAGGGCUUCCUAGAUCGGUUCGGCGUCCGCGCUUGGCGCCUCCGUGUCGCGCAGGUCGAGAUCCGCAUUGUCUGCACCGACUCUGAAGGUAGCCCCUUGCCCCUCCGUGUGCUCAUUACCAACACGUCUGGCUACAUUGUCGAUGUCGACAUGUACGCGGAGAGGAAGUCGGAGAAGGGUGAUUGGGUAUUCCAUAGCAUUGGUGGUACCAAGGAGAAGGGACCCAUGCAUCUUAUGCCCGUCUCCACUGCCUACGCCACCAAGAACCAUCUUCAGCCUAAGCGAUACAAGGCCCACCUCAUGGGUACUCAGUACGUGUACGAUUUCCCUGAGCUGUUCCGACAAGCCAUCCAAAACAGCUGGGUAAAGGCGACCAAGAAGAACCCCAGCCUCGCCUCCCAACAACCUAACCAGGGCGAGUGCAUCGUUUUCUCUGAACUCGUCCUUGACGACCAAGACAACCUCGACGAAGUCAACCGUGAACCCGGUACCAACACGUGCGGCAUGGUCGGUUGGCUCAUCAGGGCCCGUACCCCCGAGUACCCCACUGGCCGCCGCUUCAUCGUUGUGGCCAACGAUAUCACGUUCAAGAUUGGCUCGUUUGGUCCCAAGGAAGACAACUUUUUCCACCAGUGCACGGAGCUCGCGCGGAAGCUUGGCAUCCCCGAGCUCAUGCCUCACUUCAAGGUCGCGUGGAAGGACCCCAAGUCUCCCGAAACCGGAUUCAAGUAUCUGUAUCUUGAUGAAGCCACAAAGAAGCGAUUUGAGAGCUCGGUCAUCACCGAAGAGGUUGUCGAAGCGGGCGAGAAGCGACACAAGAUUGUCACCGUCAUUGGUUCUGAAGAUGGCCUUGGCGUUGAGUGUUUGCGUGGCUCUGGUCUCAUUGCUGGUGGCACGAGCAGGGCGUACAAUGACAUCUUCACCGUCACGCUCGUCACCUGCCGUUCAGUUGGUAUCGGCGCGUACCUUGUCCGACUUGGCCAGCGUGCCGUUCAGAUUGAGGGCCAGCCCAUCAUCUUGACCGGUGCUCCUGCCCUGAACAAUUUGUUGGGCCGCGAGGUGUAUACUUCUAACUUGCAGCUCGGCGGUACCCAAAUCAUGUACAGGAAUGGUGUAUCGCACAUGACUGCGCCCGAUGACUUUGCCGGUAUCUCUCGAAUUGUCGAGUGGAUGUCCUUUGUCCCCAAGGAGAGGAAUGCCCCCGUCCCCAUUAGCCCCAGCUCGGAUACAUGGGAUCGUGAUGUCGUUUACACGCCCCCUCAGAAGCAGCCCUAUGAUGUGCGGUGGAUGAUUGCCGGUCGUUACGAGGACCCCGAAAGCGAAAAGGGCGAGUUCGAGCCAGGUCUCUUCGACAAGGACUCGUUCGUCGAGACUCUGGGCGGCUGGGCCAAGACUGUUGUGGUCGGUCGUGCUCGUCUCGGCGGUAUCCCCGUUGGUGUAAUUGGAGUGGAGACGCGAUCGGUGGAGAAUAUCACACCUGCCGAUGCUGCCAACCCCGACUCGAUCGAACAAGUCACAAAUGAGGCCGGUGGUGUGUGGUACCCCAACUCCGCUUUCAAGACGGCCCAGGCGAUCAACGACUUCAACAACGGCGAGCAGCUCCCUCUGAUGAUCCUUGCCAACUGGCGUGGUUUCUCGGGUGGUCAGCGAGACAUGUACAACGAGGUCCUCAAGUAUGGAUCCUUCAUCGUCGACGCCCUCUCCCAGUACAGGCAGCCCGUCUUUGUCUACAUUCCUCCCUACGGCGAACUCCGUGGCGGCUCUUGGGUCGUCGUCGACCCCACCAUCAACCCCACCUUUAUGGAGAUGUACGCCGACGAGGAGGCGCGCGGAGGUGUCUUGGAGCCCGAGGGUCUCGUUGGCAUCAAGUACCGAACUCCCAAGCAGCUGGACACGAUGGCCCGCCUGGAUCCCACCUACGCCGCGCUCAAGAAGCAGCUUGCGGAUAACCCCAAGGCGUCCAAGGAAGAGGUUGACGUCAUCAAGGCCAACAUGGUUACCCGCGAGAAGCAGCUGCUGCCCAUCUACAACCAGAUUGCCCUGCAAUUUGCCGACCUUCAUGACCGCGCCGGCCGCAUGAAGGCCAAGGGAGUCAUUCGCGAUUCCCUCGAGUGGUGCGACUCGCGCCGAUACUUCUACUGGCGUCUUCGCCGCAGACUCAACGAGGAGUACAUUCUCCGCCGCAUGGCUUCGGAUCAGGAGCGCAACCUUCGCCUCCUCGCCUCGUGGUCUAGCAUUGAUGACUUUGACAAGAACGACCGCCGCGUGGCCGAAUGGUACGAGACUAAUAGGCGCGCCAUUUCGGACAAGGUUGACAACCUCAAGUCGGAGAAUCUCUCGGCGCAGCUCGCGGCCUUGGUCCGAGACAACAAGGGUGCCGGUCUCCGGGGUCUCCGGGAAGUCUUGAGGACAAUGCCUGUGGAGGAGAGGGAGCAGGCCCUCCAGUUCUUGAAGCAGUAG